CUUCUCUUUAGAGGGGCGCCGAGCGUGUUGGAGUGUACGCAAAUUGUUUUUUCAAUUUUGUAUACGUCUUUUCGUAGGUGCGAAAAAAAUGAUUUUCCUUAGUGCAUUCGUUUAUCCAAAAGUAUGAUCACCUAAUUAUUGGUUUUGUAAAUAUAAAUAAGUUUGAAGCGCUCAUUUGUGCUCAGUUUAAGAAUAUUGAUUCUUCAGUAAAAAUGGGAGGAGGAGAUUUGAUAGAAUUUGAAAAAAUCAUGGCAUCCAUCUACAAUGAAAAAUAUAGAGAAGGUAUGGAAAGCAGAACAACAGCAGCAUCAAGAAAAAAGGAAGAUAGCAGAAUUAAAAAAAGAAUUAGAAAUCGAGAAAGACAGAGAAGACAUAAAGAAGUAUGCAAUGGAGCAGGGUGUGAUAGAAAAAAAAGAUGACAAAAAAUUAGACUGGAUGUAUAAAGGACCAAAUCAAUUAGUCAAUAGAGAGGAGUAUUUACUUGGACGUCCAAUUGAUAAAUCUUUUGAACAACUAGCUCAAGUAGAAAAAGGUGUUGAAGUAAAUCAGGCUAAAAACCAUGUUGAACACGAAUGUAUUCCACCAUCUUUGCGUUUUUUUUCUGGGAAUGAACAAGUUGACUUAGCCAGAAAAAUGCAAGAAGAUCCUUUGUAUGCUAUCAAGAAAAAAGAAAUGGAAACUAGGAGUCAAUUAUUGAAAAAUCCUGUUAAGUUAAAACAACUAAGGCAAUUGCUGGAACAACAAUCAAAGAAAAGCAAAAGUGAAAAGAAACAGAAAAAGAAGAAAAAACAUAAGCACAGUGCAGAUACUGAUGAUGAGACUGAGUUGGAUAUGUUAAUAGCUGCUAAGUAUAAACAGCUGAAAGAAAAGAUUAGCGAUAAGGAUUUAAUAAAAUCUAUGAAAAAGGUUAAACAUAGACGAAAGACGAAAUCAAAAAACAAACAUGAUCUUAGCGAUGAAUUAGAAAGUAGUAAUGAAGAAGAUUCAAGCAAUGAGGAUAAAAAACAGAAACGAAAAAAAAGCAGCAGUAUAGAUAAUGCUGAAACCAGCAAACACAGUAAAGAAAGAUAUGAAAAACGUGUUAGAAGUCGUAGUUCAAGUCGAGAAAGUAAUGACAGUACGGUUCAUAAGAAAAGAAACAAAGAGUAUAGAAGAGACACAAGUAAAACUGAAAACAAACAUUUUCGUUCAAAAAGUCCACGAAGUAGGGAAUAUAGUAGCAAGUACAAUAACAGAAGCAGUAUUGAGAAUAAAUAUGUAUCAAAUAAAUCACAUCCAAAUGAAGAAAACCAAAACAAAGACAGAUGGAAUUCUAAAAAGAAACAAACUCUUACCGAAGAAGAAAAAGAGAGACGUAGGCAAGAAAUGAUAGCAAAUGCAACGUGGAGAGAUAAGGAACGGGAGCGAAAUGUUAAAAAAUAUCGUGAGGAAGAAAAGAAAGAAGUCGAUAGCAGUAAAGUAUACAAUCAGGAUUUUGUUAGAAAACAGUUAGCAGUUGCUGCAGAAGUGGGUACUGUUGCAUCUAGAAUUAAAUCUAACAUAAAUAAUAUUCAACGGUCUGGGAGAGCAAUGGACACAAAUUUUGCUAAAAGAUAAUUUUAAAUAACAUUACAUUUGUACAGUUCAUUUAGAUUUUUGUAGAAAAUAACACAGGAGUAGAGAUGUUGGAUAUUAAGAAAUAUAUUUUUAACAUAACCGAAUGUA